ACGGAUAAUGUCAUCGUACUUUUGAAACGUAUAUUUAUGUGGAAAUACUAAUAGCCUAACGAGCUGCUUUCUGCCUAAUCCGUCGCACGCAGGUCGCACGGUAACAACUAAAAAGCAAACUCCAGUGCAUGAACUGUGCGCUUCAAAAUGCAUAUCUACGUUGUGCCAUGUCAUGUAGCAUUGUAGUAUAGUUCAGUGUUUGUAUCUCCUCCAUCGUUUCCAAUGGGCAAAAGGAAAGACAUGAUUCACCCCAGGUUCCUCAAUGAGGGCAGCUCCUCUCUCCACAGUGUUCAUAAACACAAACACAAACAUAAGAAACAGAAGAAGCACAAAAAGAAGCACCAUAGUUUCCCAGAGGUUCCUGAACCUGUCCCAGUCCCUCCUCCCCGACCUCCUUCACAACUUCGUCUAAAGAUCAAACUUGGAGGACAGACACUUGGGACCAAGAGUGUUCCCACUUUCACAGUGCAUCCCGGUGUGGCCCGCCCGCCGUCUCCUCUGAUGAUCAUUGACAAUGACAGUGAUGACGAUGAUGAGGAAGAUGAAGAGGAGCCAUCGGUUCCCCUGGAGCAGUACAGGGCCUGGCUGGAUGAGGACAGUAACAUGGCAUCUUCUCCGAUGCCCAGCAUGGACUCAGACUCUCUGCCUGUAGACGAGGAGGAGCGGUGGCUGGAUGCUCUGGAGAAAGGAGAGUUAGAUGACAAUGGAGACCUAAAGAAAGAGGUGGACGAGUCGCUGCUCACUGCCAGACAGAAAGCAUUGCUCCACAAGCAGCAGAUCCAGCCUCUCUUGGAAUUGCCCAUGGGAUACAAGGAGAAGGAGAUGACUGCAGAGAUGAUGCAAAAACGAGAGGAACGGGCCCGAAAACGCCGCCUCCAAGCCCAGAAAAAGGCUGAAGAAAACAAGAAUCAAACCAUCGAAAGACUCACCAAAACCAGCAAGGCCAAGAUCAAGAGCAUGAGAGAGAGAAAGUCCAAGCAAAACCAGUGUCCCAUGGUCAGAUACUUGGACACAAAGGAGGGAGUGGCUAUAUCUUUUCCUACAGGAGUACACGCACCUCUCCCUGUCCCACCCAAAGCCCAUUUGCCUGGGCUGGUCCAGUGUGGGGUCAGUGGGUGCUCCAAUAUAAAGAAAUAUGCCUGUUCAAAGACUGGGGUCCCCCUCUGCAGCCUGGAGUGCUACAAGAGAAAUCUACUGCUGGUGCAAAGUGUAGCUUAGGUUAAUAAAUGUACGUUAAAACACACAGCAGACAUAUUUAUACAAUACAUUUGUACUUGGGCAAAUGUAUUGUAUAAAUAUGUAAGAGGACAUUUUCUAAUCUACUUCUUUAAGGGCCAUUAUUUAACUUUUCAGAUAGGGGUACACCCCUUGAUUCUUCAUGGAGACAUUAAUGCUUUGCUUGGAAUUUUCUGUAGGAUUUAUCUUGCAUCAAUCCAAUUAUAGAUGUAUUAUUGGGGGAAAAUACAUACAUUGUUACUGUCUGACCAGUUACUUGGCCUGGAGUUGUCGUUUGCUUGCUACUAUGGAGAUAGAGAAGUUUAAUGACAUACUGUGGAACAUUGCAGGAAAAGCUUUAACAUCUCCAUGGAGAUAGGAAGGUGGCAUAUCCUACACAAAUUGUAAAAUCAAAACAUGAAUACCAUUUAGUUAGAUAUUAAAACAUAGGUGUAAUUUAUAUUACUUAUCCAGUUAAAGGACCAUGGAUAACUUGUACAAAUAUACUAAACAGCAGGUCAUAAUGGAAGUAGUAAUUUUUCAGUGGCCCCAAUAAAUUAUUUCCUUAGAGCUGAAUGUGGAGAUGCGGUCAUAGACUCAGAUGUUUUUGACUGCUAAAAACAAUGUCUUGUUGCCUUUUACCUUCCUGGGUGGACACAAUCUUAUGUAGGGUCCAGUUGUUUUGAAAGUAUUUUUGGUACAAUGAAAAACUUUGCAAAAGAUCAUGUGUAAACAAAGACUGAUCAUUGGUGAUGAAUAAAGGAUUGAAAUUGUUGC